GCAGUGAAUGAGUCGGUUCUAGAAAGCGAAAGCAGUGUUAGCAGCAAGGCAUACAACAGCUCUCACCUGAUUGAUUCUGCGCUAGACGCAUUACGCGCCCACAACAUGGAUGCGAGUGACACCAUGCAGUACUCUGGGUACGGCGCUGUCCCCGACAGAAGCUACCACGAAUAUGGUAGUCCUGCGGUUAAUGGACACACAGAUGCAUCCCCUGGCCCUAAACAGCAAGUGAAGAAAACAACACAGGUAACAAUUACCAAGCACACGGUACAAACCCGCAUCGUCCACUCCCCGGAUGGGCGCGACUCCCCGGCCGUCGCCCACUCCCCCGCCCCCUACGACAACCGGGACUACUCCCGUCCCUCCAACUACCCUGCUCACCCGGCUAACAACUACGGCAACGAGUCCCCAUACCCAGAUGAUCAGUACGAUGCCUCCGACCCUUCCAGGCAGUACGAAAGGACGCCCUCUGUUGACGGCAGUGAGAGACAGGGCUACCGCGGCGAUCCGGUGCGGGAUCCGUACGAUCGCUCGUACAACGACACACCGAGCGAUAUGUACGCGCCAUCGAUUGAAGGAAGCGAACGGUAUGGGACGGCGCCGAGGUCGGAGAAUCCGUACAGCUCCCCGAGACCGCAGUAUGGGGAUAGGUAUGACGACCGUCCAGUCGAUCCCAGAGAUAAUUACAAUUACAGCGACCAAUACGACCGUUACCCUCAGUCCGGGCAACCAAAGGAGGAUUGGAACCCACCACCACCAGCGAAUGACUACAACCCGGCGUUUAAUGACAGCUACCGCCCCGAUGACAUCACACGGGAAGCAGCCAAUGACCAGAUGGCUCCAAUAGCAUCGAUGGAUCGCACUGGCAGCCAAGACACAGUGGAAUAUGAUAAAUACGACAAGCCGUUUGAUAAAGGCUCCUACAGGUACCCUUACCGUCCGACACACCAGGUCCACCGAAGACAUGACUCGAUCCCCAGAAAAUCGUCCAUGGGUAGUAGUGGCAAAGGUGACCCCCAGUGGAGAACCCCUGACCUUCAGGAGAUCAUUGACUACCUGAGUCAUCCAAACCCUGCCAUCGUAGCCAAUGCUGCAGGGUACCUUCAACAUCUGACGUUUGAGGACGACCCCAUCAAGAAUAAGACAAGGAGUCUAAACGGCAUCCCCGUCCUGGUAGAGCUACUGGGUAACCCCACCCCUGAUGUCCACAAGUGUGCCUGCGGUGCCCUGAGGAAUAUCUCCUUUGGCAAGCCCAACGAGGAGAACAAAGUCGCCAUCAAGAACGCUGGGGGAAUCCCCGCCCUGAUCAGGCUCCUGCGGACGACCAGAGAUCCUGUGACCAAAGAACUAGUCACAGGAACCUUAUGGAAUCUUUCGUCAUCCGAGCCUCUGAAGAAGCCCAUUAUAGAUGACGGCUUGUCGGUCUUUGUCAAUGAUGUCAUCAUACCGGACUCUGGUUGGACGCCAGAGAAUCCUGAUAACAAGCUACCGACGGACUACGCCUGGACACCAGUGUACAGGAACACUACCGGCUGCUUAAGAAAUGUAAGCUCCAAUGGCCCAGACGCCCGUAAGAAGAUGAGGGACUGCAUAGGAUUAGUGGAUGCCUUGAUACAUGUGGUCAAGUCUGCAAUCGACACCAAUAACAUGGACAAUAAGGUGGUUGAGAAUGCGAUGUGUAUUAUACGCAAUCUCUCCUUCAAGAUCUCCAAUGAGGCCAACCAUCCAGACGCCGUACCCGCUGCGCCCCUCCGCUCUGCCCCUUCCAAAUAUGGCCCUGCAUCAACGGCACAGAAGAAACCUGAAACUUCUACAGCCGAUGACACCUCUGGAUGCUUCGGAGGGAACAAGAAGAAGAAAAUGGAAGGUACGACCACACCGGGAAGGCCAGCAACGUCAACGUUACCGAGGGGUGCAACCUGGGAUCCUAACAUGGCCAUCCCGGAUCGCAAGUACCCCCCUAAGGGUGUAGAGCUUCUCUUUGCCCACGAGAUGGUCCGACCCUACCUGACGCUCCUCUCGGAGUGCUCCAACCACGUCACGCUUGAAGCCACCACUGGUACCCUGCAGAAUAUGGCAUCUGGAGAGUGGGUGUGGGCGCUAUACAUCCGAGCCCAGGUACGGAAGGAGAAGGGUCUGCCGGUCCUGGUGGAACUCCUAAGGAUGGAGAACGACAAGAUUGUCUCGGCCGUAGCCAGGGCUCUACGCAACCUCUCACUGGACUCCAGAAAUAAAGAACUCAUCGGGAAGUACGCCAUGCGGGACCUGGUGUUCAGGUUGCCUAGCGGCUCGGUUGCGGCAGACAACAAGCAGCUGUCAACAGACAGCCUGACUGCGGUGCUGAGUGCCCUACAGGAGCUCAUCAACAAGAACGCAGAGAACUCAAAAUCUCUCCGGGAUGCCAGUGGAAUCGAGAAGUUGGUGUCGAUCACUAAAUCUCGCAACAAGUACUCUCAAACAAUCGUCAAGUGUGCCUAUCAGGUUCUGAACACCAUGUGGGGUUUCAAGGACCUACGUGCCCUGUACAAGCAGGACGGCUGGGACGAGCAGCACUUCAACCCGGGCAUCUGGACAACCACAAAGUCACCCAGUAAGAGCAACACCUUGCCGCCGGGGGGCAGGACGACAAGCCCCGCCCCAGUUAGGUCAGCAUCGACGCCUGCUGCACCAGGCCAACGGAUCGAUUACCAAGCCUCCACGCUGCCCGUCAAGUCCGGCCCUCCUAAGGACGAGGGAGCCCCACCCGGGUACAACUCGUACGAUAGACGUCAGAACGACACCCUAGGGAGGCCGGACCCGUACUCCUACAGGGACCCAGAGCCCCAGGCUGCCGCUAGACCAGAUGAACAGCAUGAGGAAAGAUACGUUGGCCAACCGUACGCUAGAGAAUCUAUGUCGGCCUAUAGUGACGAAGAUCUGAAAGGUACUGCCAUGGUUACUAACGAUGACAUGCUGGCGCCGUUAACCGAGCAUCCCGGCAACCGUGAAUCUGUUUCGCAGUACAGCGAGGAAGCCUCCUCGUUUGUGCCUGAACGGCAGGACCACAUGCCACAAAGUUUUACGUCGCCUCAAAGUUUUACGUCGCCACAGAGUCGAGAUUCUGUGUCUGCUUAUAGUGAAGAAGCUCCGUCUGAGAGGUCGCGUGACGACAUACCGAUGAGGGAGCUCAACUAUGCAUCUCUGGAUCACGGCAAUGCGAAUGACUCCGCUGGGCGUAGAGGUCCCCCAGUGGGAGGGGUGGCAGUGUUCGGAAGACAGGGAUCUCAGCCACAGAGGGAUAACGUCGUCUACGCCCAAGUCAACAAAGACCGCACCAAGACUGACUCCGUACUCCUCGACUCUGGUGGCCCGGCCGGCGAUUCUUGGGUCUGAGACAGAAAGCUGACGCCAAGAAUAGCAAUAAUGAAAUAUUUUGUACUAUUUUUUCUUCUUUUUUUUACUUCUUCGUUUUGGGGGUCUUUCAUGCCUGGAAUUUAACCUUUCAAAGGGCAAGGCGAUUGUCAUUUUGCAAAGGGCACUUCUAUUGGAAAGUCUUAAAGUCAAUGGGGAACUUUUGAAGGGGCACCAAGGCCAA